CUCAGCUCGGUGCCCCGCCGGUCUCUGUGAGCCGCGUUGGUGAUGGAGGGAGCGCUGCUGAAAUGGACCAACUAUCUUUCGGGUUGGCAGCCACGGUACUUUGUAUUAGAGAAUGGCAUCCUUUCCUAUUAUGAUUCUCAGGAUGAUGUGGGCAAAGGUAGCAAAGGCAGUAUCAAGAUGGCAGUGUGUGAGAUUAAAGUGCACACCACUGACCCUACCCGUAUGGAGCUGGUCAUCCCAGGCGAGCAGUACUUCUACCUGAAGGCUAGAGGUGCUGCAGAAAGACAGAAAUGGCUGGUGGCUUUGGGCAGCUCCAAGGCCUGCCUUGGGGACAGCAGGAGCCAGAAAGAGAAAGAUCUGGACCUGAGCCAGGAGUCCCUUGGGAGGAAACUGUCUGAACUGCGUCUGUAUUGCGAUGUUCUAACCCAGCAAGUCUUAGCUGUACAGGAUGCGACACACCCUCAAGACAACGGCUCUCCUCUUGACAUUCAGAAGAUGAAUGAAGCCUCCUCUUUGUUGAGGGCAACUUGCAGCCAAUUCAUCUCCACCCUCGAAGACUGUAUGAAAUUUGCAAACACUCGUCUGGCUCCUGAGCUGUACCAGCCUUCGGCAGCUUCCCAGCCUUCAGAUUUUGUAGGCACCAAGUUGCCACAUUCCCACCGGGUAAGACGCUCUAUGAGCCACACAGGCAUAGUUUCCUCAGACAGAGCUUUGGAGCCAGCCCGGGUCGCGCCCAAAGGCACCACGACUGUGCUGCACAACUUGGAGGAGAUGGUGGUGUUGCGCUCUCAGCAGUGGGGGCAAAUGGGAGCCCAAUCUGAAAGCCCCACUGGCAUCAUAAGUGAAGAAACAGUUGAUCCUCCAUCGUCAAAGCAAGACUCUCAAGUGGAUUCAGCUGGCAGUGGCCAACAACUCUAAUCGGGAUUUGGGGGCUGCCCCAACUCACGUUGGACUGUUGGGAGCAGAGUCGUUAUUGCUUGCUCCCGGCUAGCUAGAACAGCUGCCCUAAAGUUCCCUGUAGGGUAGGAAUAGCCUGGGCCUGUAGGAUGUGUGGCUGGAUGCAUCCUGUGAGGCUGGUGGGCAUGAUGGAUGGCAAGGAGUUGGUGCCAGGAUCUGUUCUGUUCUUCAGUCUUGUGGUUGCCAGGUAUGGAGAAAUGCUGCCCAAUCCGUCGAGGCCGUUCCUUACUGAGAACAGGAUGUGUUGGGAAGAGAGAAUAGUCUCCCAACUCUUCAUGCUGGCUUAGGUGGGAAAGAAGCCUUGGUCUUGAGUAAAAGAAGAAAGUGUGGGUGGCUUAAGAGGCAAACGUUCUCCAGACAUCUCCUGGUGCCCUCCCCAACGUUCUCCUGCUCCCAUUAAAGCCAAGCCUGGAGACUUCUGGCCUGUGGCAGAUGCAGAAUAUCUUCUUGUUCCUCCUCAAGUUGAGUUCUGCACACGGUUCCUCCUCCAUCAUUGCUUUCCUCCUGACAGACUUGGGGAGCGGAUAGCCCCCUCCCUAGUGAUUGGAUCAGAAAGCUUUUUGGCCAGGGUUCAGAUCUAGUUGCAGGCAUCUUCCAGGAAGGACCUUUGUGUGAAGUCAUCAGCCCUCUUCUUUCCUCCAAGCCCCUUGUCCUCCUAACAUAGCUUCAGUCCAGAGUUAGGUCUCCUGGAUGUAGAUACCCACCCGGGCUCUCCUGACUUCUCUUUAGCCCUUUGCCUUGGGCCUGUGUGGCAGAAGUCCGAAGUAGGAAAACCAACCUCUUUGGACACUGGACUGUUGACUCCUCUCCCUGUAUGUCACUGGGUCACAACUCCCAACGUUUUGUACAGGAGUGAAGUCUUUGUCUUGUUGAAUUGUCUUAUCUUUUUUUUUAAAAAAAACAGACGCAUGGCAGGUUUUGUUCCUGUGAGUGUAUGUGAGUGAUAUUCCUUCUCUGGCACCCAUUCAUUGUGGAGAGCCCUGCCAAAGAUCAACCUCUAAUUUUGAAUGAAGACUCUAAUUUUUGAAACAAGCAGGGCAUCAUGGUUAUCUGUUGAUUUCUCAGUGGCAUAGAAGGAGGCAUCUUUUUUGGGGGGGGGGCUCUGCAAGAAGUCAAGCCAAAAACAAAACCGCUGUCGUUCACCUAGCUGCUUGAUGGAGCUGAAGCAAACCAGGCGAUUGGCUGUGCUGUCUUGCCUCCUACACAGCCGACAGAAUCCGUGUUCACAGACACCUGCAAAUGUUUCCUCUCUGGAUUGAUGAACAGGUGGCUGUGGUUUUAUAUAAAUACAGUACUGGUUGCAUCACUGAAACCCAAUCCGGAAUGGGGCUGCAGGUGACUCAUAAUGGUAGAAAUGUACCAGGAAACCGCUAGGAACUAUUUCUGGCUCUCUUCUUGCUCUUUGCUUUUCUACCUCUCCUACACGAUAGCUUUCAGGGUUUCCAUGUGUGUGUUCUUAUAUUGAGUAUUUCAUAGAUCUUAAGAGUGCAGGGGUUGAGUUUUGAUGGCAGCUCAAGGUGACACAAUGUACCUUCUGUGGCUUCCUCAGAUUCAGAGAAAGCGAAUAAGGCCCCCUGUCUCUCUUCAGGAGAGGAAGAAGUCUAGAGUUAGCACCUUUGUUCAACCCCCCCAUUCCCGCCCCCUUUUUUUGCAUUGUGCUUUGAUAUCGGGAAUUACAGAACAGCGUGUGGGCCCCUCAUCACUGUCCCAGUGUUACCUUGCC